GAUGCUGUUUGAGACAUGUUUCUUUGUCUCCCUCUACAGGAUGACUGUUAUAACUACAUCUGUCUGCUGGAGGUUCUGAAGGAUGGAAGGAUCUACGUCUGUGGCUCCUACGCCUACAAUCCCAAGUGUGCUUUCAUAGACCCAGUGACGUUUGUCCUAGUGGAGGAAGGUGGUGACAAAGUGAAGAUGGAGAAUGGGAAGGGGAAAUGUCCUUAUGAUCCCAGACAACCUCACACGGCUGUUACUGCAGAUGGAGUGCUGUACACUGCCUCCCCUUCUAACUUCCUGGGCACGAUGUUUGACAUCACCAGGGCAACAGGUCAAGAGGUGCACGUGCAUCAGUCCGUCAACUGGCUCAGUGGUGAGACCCAUCUGUCAAUCACACACACUCCAAAUGCAUGUUGGGAAUGAUGAUAAAAUACUUCUACUGUCCAAACUUCUGUAACACCAAACAACAACAGAAUGUGUCCACAGAGUUUAACUCAGGAUGUGGUUUAGCAGUGUAGUGUUACUUACAUAAUGAGUUCUCUAUGUCUAUAACCAUCCACGUGUUUUAUGUG